AUGGGCCUGAUGCCCCGCUCGCAGACAUCGACGUUGAGUACAAGUACUCCGUUCGCAAGAUCCCUGGCUCAAGCGGCACCUCACGCGGCGGUUUGUCAGGGUCGAUCUCCGAAGCCCGGCCAUCACGCGGCAAUUAAGGUGACGUACCCACCCGGCUGCGGACUCGAUCAGGUCCAUUACCCAAAAUCCACCACCUAUCAGGAUGCGUCUUGUCAGUACAACACUCUUUCACUUUCUCAUCUUAUGUCUUCGAGCGAAGGGGAGAAAGGCAGGCAGGCCAACGUGGUGAAGGCAUCCAAACGCCCACGAGCGUGUGAUGUCUGCAGGCGGAAGAGAGCACGCUGCGAUGGCCAGUACAAGCCCGACAUGCAAUGUUCUGGAUGCACUUCGCAAGGGUUAGACUGCAGCUAUACUGAGCAGACUGGUAGGACCGUUCCCUCGAAGAAAUAUAUUGCCAAUCUUGAGCACAGGGUGGAGGAGUUGGACAAGAUGCUUCGACGCCUAUGUCCAGACGAGAAGAUGUAUGACGCCUGGAUCAACUCUUUGAGCGACGAGCCUUUCGAAUCAACACCGCCCACGCCACCCAUCAUGCAGUUCCCUCCGCUCAGCAUUUUCCGACCAGGACCUAUCGAGAGUAUCACGCACACCAUCCGGCAGUCUCAUACCUAUGAAUUCCGCGCACCCCUUGAAGAGGACGACGACAUGGAACACACCUUUCCGACCACGAUCGACACGAACCGGUUCUAUGGGAAAUCUAGCGGAGAGGGGCUGGUCAGGAAAGCGCUGUCUAUGAGGAAUGACUGUAUUGGUAGCAAAGGCCCUAUCCUGUCGAAGAGACGAGAAGAGUUUUGGACUAUCCGGCCGUGGGAAAGAGCACCCGAAGUCCGCGACGCGCGUCCGAGUUAUGUGUUCCCAGAGCCCGACCUUGCCGGAGACCUUAUCGAGCUGUACUUCGAGCACGUAAAUCUGUACCAGCCUCUGCUCCAUAGGCCGACCUUCGAGAGGUUGGUGCGCAACGGGUUGCAUUACGGCAACGAAGGCUUCGCGGACGUCUAUCUUCUCGUAUGUGCUAUCGGUGCUCGAUUUUCGAGUGACGCGAGGGUACUCUCCGACGACGCCAGUUUACAACGUUCUGCUGGGUGGAAGUGGUUUCACCAAGUGGAAACUGGCAAGACAUCGCUCCUUACGGUACCAUCUCUUUACGAUAUUCAGGCGUACUGUCUGACCAUAAGUUUCAUUCAAGCAUCGAGCAUUCCGCAGUCGAUCUGGAUGCUGAUUGGAAUCGCUAUACGCAUGGUUCAGGAGGUCGGUGUUCAUAGAAGGAAGGCAACAUUGCCGACAGUUGAAGAUGAACUUUGGAAGCGGGCGUUCUGGGUCCUCAUCUACAUGGACCGAGUAGUUUGUCUUGGUUUUGGACGACCAAUAACGAUUCAGGAAGAGGACUUCGACCAAGACUUGCCAAUUGACUGCGACGACGAGUAUUGGGAGCAUCCUGACCAGGAGCAGCGAUUCAAGCAGCCACCCAACAAGCCUUCCUUGAUCUCUGGUUUCAUCCAUCAAUUAAAGAUGAUCAAGAUUCUGGCUAUCUGUAGUAAAGUUCUUUACCCGCUGAACAAGGUCGUCAAGCAUCUUGGGUUGGUGGGCCAUCAAUGGAAGUUAAAGAUCGUGGCAGAGCUGGACUCCAGUCUGAAUAGAUGGCUGGAGUCGAUGCCCGAGCAUUUACUCUGGGACCCAGGCAACUCCAAUGACAAAUUCUUCCAGCAGUCCGCGUCCCUCUACGCGAUAUGCUACUUUACCCAGAUUUUCAUACACCGCCCGUUUAUCCCGUUGCCCGGCAAAUCCCCUCCACUGGGCUUCCCAUCGUUGGCUAUCUGCACCACUGCUGCCCGUGCUUGCAUUCGGGUCGCGGAAGUCCUGUUUCAACGAGGUGUGGUAAUUUCGCCCCUCGUACAGUUUACUGCCUUUACAUCGGCGAUAAUGCUUUUAUUCGGCGUGUGGGAUGGGAAGAGCACGCCGCGCGCACGCUCGGCGGCCCUCGAGCAAAGUCCUGACAUGGAGAAUGUGCGGAAGACCCUACAGAUUCUGAAGGCAGCCGAGGAACAGUGGCCACACGCAGGCAAGCUUGUAGACAUUCUUGCCUCACUUUCGUCGGUGGAGCAUCGUCCUGGUGGCAAAGUUGAACAGGGUGCUUUUUACUCUUUGAUUUCCUGUGGUUCCGAAGGCACUGCUGCCUCCACCUCGCAUUCCAUUGGUGUGGGUCGCGAGCCGCCAGUGGAUCUUGUACCGCCUAUCAACGACACCGCCAUGUGGUUCGAUGAAGACCCAAGCGUAGCUCUUGCACAGAGCCUCCUCUCUGGGCCUUCCGCCAGCGACGAGAAUUUUUGGGCCGAUUGGUCCGUUGAUGACCUCGUCGACGAGCGUCGGCCUUCAGUACCUGAUCUCUUCUCGUUCGGGACACCGGCACCGUCGACGUCCCCCAGCGCACCUCCGUCGGUCGAUCCAGCUACGAUGCAGGGUCUAUCUACAUGGCCCUCGGAGGUGCACCUGACGGACAACCCGGCAGUGAUGUUGAUGAUGGGCACGGGACAGGGGGACCAGCCUAACGCAGAGGCACACGGUGGCUUAUCUGGAGCGGAUACGCCAGAGCAUUACUUGACAGGAUCCAACGAUAGUGCCUUGAAUGGGGACGACAUUAUGAACAUGUGGCUUCACGCUCCCAUUGGCACUGAGUUGGAUGAUUGGCAAACAUACUUGACGAGUUUCCAGAAAGGAGAAUAA